GGGGGACACGACGCAAGAUGUAAACUCAGCCCCCAGCGACCGCCCGGAGCGCCGGGCUCCCACACGGGGCGGCCGCCCGCUCAGUCACAUGGAGUUGCCAUUUCCUCUGCCCUUGCUUUGCCCUUAAGGAGGCUGUGCUGCCGGUGGUGCCCGCGCCUCGCUCCUCACGGGCGGCGGCGGAGACGCGCCGUGUCCCCGUUUCCCCCACUCCUCCAUUGCCACACACAGAGCGCCCAGCCCGGCUGAGAGGCAGGGGUGGCUGCGGCGGGAUAAAGGGCAAGGGGUGGCCGGCUGCCCAGCUAAAAACAACCCUCUCCUCAUAAAGCGAUGGGGCCUGGGCCGCGCCGCCGCGCUCCCCGAGCCCUAUAAAUAGGCUUCUUGCGCUGCCCGCGGGCUUUGGCCGGUGCGGCUCUGCAGGCGGCGCGGUGCAGCGGAGAGAGCGCAGCGGGACCGCCGCCACCGCCGCCAGGAGAGCCUCGAUCCCCGCACCCCGCCACCCCAGCAAGAUGCCCCGGGUAGACGCAGACCUCAAACUGGACUUUAAAGAUGUCCUGCUCAGACCUAAAAGAAGCAGCCUCAAAAGCAGAUCAGAGGUCGACCUUACGCGGACCUUCACCUUCCGCAACUCCAAACAGACAUAUACAGGAAUUCCCAUUAUAGUGGCAAACAUGGACACUGUGGGGACAUUUGAAAUGGCUGUGGUUAUGGCAAAACAUGCAAUGUUCACUGCAAUUCACAAGCAUUAUUCUUUGGAAGAAUGGAAACUGUUUGCUGCCAAUCACCCAGAAUGCCUUGAGCAUGUAGCAGCAAGCUCAGGUAGCGGAAAAGCUGAUUUGGACAAGUUAACAAGUAUUCUGGAGGCCAUUCCACCUAUCAGAUACAUUUGCCUGGAUGUGGCAAAUGGCUAUUCAGAGCAUUUUGUGGAGUUCGUGAAGUCUGUCCGUGCCCUGUUCCCACAUCACACCAUUAUGGCAGGCAAUGUGGUGACAGGAGAGAUGGUAGAAGAGCUUAUUCUUUCUGGAGCAGAUAUUAUUAAAGUGGGUAUCGGACCAGGUUCUGUGUGUACCACUCGGAUUAAGACGGGGGUGGGCUAUCCACAGCUAAGUGCUGUUAUUGAGUGUGCUGACUCGGCACAUGGCUUGAAAGGACAUAUCAUAUCUGAUGGAGGAUGCAGCUGCCCAGGAGAUGUCGCCAAAGCGUUUGGAGCCGGUGCUGAUUUUGUCAUGCUUGGAGGAAUGUUUGCAGGCCAUGACCAGUGUGCUGGAGAGAUUAUAGAAAAGAAUGGCAAGAAGGUGAAACUCUUCUAUGGAAUGAGCUCUGAUACAGCCAUGAAGAAGCAUUCAGGAGGGGUUGCUGAAUACAGAGCUUCUGAGGGCAGAACUGUGGAGGUACCAUACAGAGGGGACGUGGAACUAACCAUCCUGGACAUCCUUGGGGGGCUGCGCUCCACCUGCACCUACGUGGGAGCUGCCAAACUGAAGGAACUGAGCAGGAGAACGACGUUUAUCCGAGUCACCCAGCAGCACAGCCAGGUCUUCUCUUAGCCCCGGACUGGGGAGCUGGAGAGAGAGUGGUGGUGGGAAGGAGCAGGAAGGGCUGCUUAUUUGUUUUGCUUUCUCUUCCUUGUUGUGUUAGUGGCAAACUCUCUCUCAGAAUGGCAGUGCCAUAGCCAUUGGAGGGGCUAUGGCUGGGAUUUGGAAAAGGAAGGUUAUGCUAUUAAGACAGUGCCAUUAUUUCUAAAUGCAAUAGCCUCAUCUUUUGUU